AUGGACAAGAUCAAGGAGCGCAUGAACACCCUCCGUGUUGAGGCGGACGAGGCCCACGAGCAGGUGGAGGAACUCAAGACCAAGAUCAAGACGCUCGAGCAGGAGAACCUGUCCAAGGAACAGGAUAUCACAUCCCUCAACCACCGCAACCAGCUGCUGGAGGAGGAGGUUGAGAAGCUGGAGGCUUCUCUUAAGGAGGCCAAGGACGCCGCCAGCCAGAGCGCCCAGCACGACACCCAGAACGAAGCCCUCCAGCGGCGGGUGCAGCUGCUGGAGGAGGAGGCAGAGGAGAACGACAAGACUCUGCGGGAGACGAAUGAGAAGCUCCGCCAAACCGACGUCAAGGCCGGCCACUACGAGCGCAAGGUGCAGGCACUCGAGACAGAACGCGAUCAGUGGGAGUCCAAGUACGAGGAGAUGGCGAAGAAGCACCAGGAGCUGCAGAAGGAUCUGCACGACCUCGAGGUCUCCAUCAGCAAUGUUUAG